AUUACUGGAAAGAAAUUCGUUUGUUAUAUAUACAUGAUUUUGAAAUAUUUCACGAAUAUAAUUUUUUAUAUUCUAUUUCGAUUUUGAAAUGAAGUUGUUUUACGUCUUAUUAUUCACAUUUUUAAGUUUACAGUUUACUAAUGCUAGGCGUAAACGUAAAACGUUUAUUGAUAUGACUUAUGUAUAUGAUAAAACUACGCUACGUUAUCCAAUAUUCAGUAAAUUCAAAAUUGAAAAAUUAGUUAAAGGCCCCAAUAAAGAUUUGGUAACAAAAUGGCUUCAAUAUGAGGAUUUCUCAACUUCUACGCACACUGGUACGCACAUGGAUGCUCCGGCACAUUUUGUCAAAGGAGAAAUUACUGUUGAUGAGAUACCAGCCCGUUCCUUCUUCGGGAAAGCAGCUGUUAUCGACAUAACUAGAAAAGCAUCACUUAGUCCUGAUGCUGUAGCUACCGUUGAGGAUGUCAUGAACUGGGAACGCACAACACAGAGGUGUUUGAAUGGGACUAUAGUUUUAUUGAACUCUGGUUGGGGCCACAAAUGGAACGACCGUGAUGCUUUUCUCGGCUCCUCAAGUGAUGACACCUCAACAUUGCAUUUUCCAGGAUUCUCACCAGAAGCUUGUAAGUGGAUGACCGAGUGUAGAAGUAUCAAAGGAGUAGGCGUUGAUACCGCUUCCAUUGAUCCAGGUACAACCAAAAUUUCACCUUGCCACGGUUAUGUACUAAGGCAUAGAUUGUUUGCUUUAGAAAAUGUAGCCAAUAUUGAUAAACUUCCUAUUUCAGGUGCUACACUUUAUGUAUUUCCAAUGAAAAUUGGUAAAGGUAGUGGGGCACCAACUCGAAUAGUAGCAUCAGUGCGUAUGAAAAAUUGAUGAACGCGAGCUGUUUCGAUAUGAAUAACAAAAAAAGACGGUUCGAAAAUUAUGAAGCGAAAUAAAGUUGCACAAUAAAGAAUUAAAUAUUUGUAGUCUAACUAAACUGGAACCAAAAGAAACUAAACAAAGGAAUUGAAGAGAUUUGUGAAAGACUUUUUGAAAACAGAAUGGAGGAUCUGGCCUAAACCGAUCCUUCAACAGUAUUCCCUGGAUGCGCCGAAAUGGGGGCGGGACAGGGUAAAGCCGAACUCUAGUCUAUAGUCUAACUAAUAAUGGUGCGAAAAAUUGGAUAUACGACGGAACCUCUCGGGAGCGACCACUCUCUGUUCCACAGUAAAAUUCUCAUUAAUGGAGGUUGGUCGCUCUUAGGGGUUACCUCCAUUGAGUUCAAAAUAUUAUCGAAUGUACUUGAUUUUUGCAAGUGAUUUUUAUUCUACUCAGUGUCAUUUCCUUGGCGCGGAAAUGCCACAGGCGUAAUAAAAGCCGGAUCGAUGUACAAAACUCUGCGUCAAUAAAAAUUAUCUAUACUGAUAUAAA